GAGAGAGAGAGAGAGAGAGAGAGAGUGGAUGAGGGACAAGCUCCAGCUGUCACUCUGACAGACUCCGGGCUGUAGCCCGCUCACACUCCCACAACACUUGGAACAACACUUUGGAACAACACUUCAACUGCUGGAUCUCUUCUGGCCACCGGAUAAUCCACGUUCAUGUCGUUUUGCCUGGUUGACAUUUUUGACAUGGAAUCACCAACCAAAGAGAUUGAGGAUUUUGAGAACAACUCUCUGAAGUAUUUACAGCCGGAGCAGAUAGAGAAGAUCUGGCUGAGACUGAGAGGACUGAGAAAAUAUAAGAAGACUUCACAGAGAUUACGAUGUCUGGUGAAACAGCUGGAGCGGGGUGAGGCCUCUGUUGUUGACCUGAAGAAGAACCUGGAGUAUGCAGCUUCUGUACUGGAGUCAGUGUACAUUGAGGAGACACGACGACUGGUGGACACAGAAGAUGAGCUCAGUGACAUCCAGUCAGAUUCGGUGCCUUCAGAGGUGCGGGAUUGGCUAGCCUCCACCUUUACGCGACAGAUGGGGUUGAUGCUUAGGCGGACAGAGGAGAAGCCACGUUUCCGCAGUAUCGUCCAUGCUGUGCAGGCUGGGAUAUUUGUAGAGAGAAUGUAUCGGCGGACGUCCAACAUGGUGGGAUUAAGCUAUCCACCCAGCGUGAUCACAGUACUAAAGCAUGUGGAUACAUGGUCAUUUGAUGUGUUUGCGCUGAAUGAUGCAAGUGGAGAACAUUCACUGAAAUUCAUAUUUUACGAGCUCCUCACCAGAUAUGACUUAAUCAGUCGCUUCAAGAUCCCCAUCUCUGCACUGGUGUCAUUUGUAGAGGCUCUGGAAGUGGGCUACAGUAAACACAAAAACCCCUACCAUAACCUUAUCCAUGCAGCAGAUGUCACUCAGACUGUACACUACUUUUUGCUGAAAACAGGCAUGGUGCACUGGAUGACAGAGUUAGAAAUCUUUGCGAUGAUAUUUGCAGCAUCAAUACAUGAUUAUGAACACACCGGGACCACUAACAAUUUUCACAUACAAACAAGAUCAGACACUGCAAUAUUGUACAAUGACCGUGCAGUGCAGGAGAAUCAUCACGUGAGUUCUGCUUAUCGACUCUUACAGGAGGACGAUGAAAUGAAUAUUCUCUAUAACUUAUCAAAAGAUGACUGGAGAGAGUUCAGAACACUGGUAGUUGAGAUGGUUUUGGCCACAGACAUGUCCUGUCACUUCCAGCAGGUCAAAGCCAUGAAGAACUUCCUUCAGCAGCCAGAGGCGAUUGACAAACCAAAGGCUUUAUCACUGUUGCUGCACACUGCGGACAUCAGCCACCCUGCCAAAAAGUGGGAUUUACAUCACCGCUGGACCACAUCUCUGCUGGAGGAGUUCUUCAGACAGGGGGAUAAAGAGGCAGAACUGGGCCUUGCUUUCUCUCCUCUUUGUGACCGCAAGUCCACCAUGGUGGCCCAGUCUCAGAUUGGUUUUAUUGACUUCAUUGUGGAGCCCACAUUCACUGUGCUAUCGGACAUGGCAGAGAAAAUAAUGACUCCUCUCAUUGAUGAGGCAUCACGUUCAGGGCUGGCCAGCUUCAGACGCUCCAGCCUGAAUAACAUCCCAUCUGAUGGCAAGCGGGCCAAUGUGAAGAGCACUGGCUCAGAAGGCAGCACCGCUCACAAUUGCUCCCUGCUCAGCAUUGACUUCAAGAGUUUCAAGGGUACCUGGAACGAAGAGGUGCAUCAGAACAGAGAGAAGUGGAAAACUCAGGCAGCCAAAGAGGAGAACAUCAAAAAGGAGGAAGAAGAGAAGGCCAAUGAAAAAGAGGCUGAUAGAAAAGAGGACACAACUGAAGAGAAAACAGACCCUGCACAGGACAAAGACAAAUCAUCAAACAAAGACACGAAAGAUUCUUCAUUAACAGAAUGUAACAAAGUCAGCAAAGAGAGGGACACAAAACCAGAGCCAACAGACUCCACCAAGGCCAAAGUGGAUAAGAAAGAACCCACAGAACAGCAACCUAAAGAGGUGGAGGGCAAUAAGAACCCAAGGGGACUGAACGGA